AUGUCGAGCCUGGGGCAGUCGGGUCCUAACAGCCAUCCGGGCCUCGCCUUUCCUCAGCCAGGCAUUCGACGCAGUCACGGCGGUCCUGGAGGCUUCCCUCCUCUACACGCGAACCCGGCAAACAAACCAUCACCCGGCCCUCACAACGCGUCUCCUUAUCAACAACAGGCUUACACGCCUCAGCAGCCUACCCAGGCUCAAUACCCUCAUCAUCUCUUCCAGACCCAGACGCCCGUCAAUGGCAACGUUAACGGCACCUCGCGUCCCCCGAGCCACGUCCCCAAUGCCGCCACCCUCGGACGCCAGAGGGGUCCUCCCUCGCGGCAGCAGAUGCCUCAACAGAGCGCGCCCUCCAUGUUCCUUCCCUUGGGAGGACAACAAAACCUUGGCCACCAGCAGAGCCUGAGCCAACAACACGUCUUGGGGCAGCAGCAGGGCCUAGGGGGACAACAAGGACUCGGUCAACAACAAGGACUUGGCCAGCAGCAGAGCCUGGGCCAUCAGCAAGGCCUCGGUCAACAUGGCCUCGGUCAGCAGCAAGGUCUGGGACAACAACAAGGCCUGGGGCAGCAUCAAGGACUCGGUCAGCAGCAAGGGCUUGGUCAGCAGCAGCAACAGCAGCAUCAACAACACCAGCAGCACCAGCAGCACCAGCAGCAGCAUCAGCAGCAGCACCAACAGCACCAGCAACCUCAACAGCACCAGCAGCACCAACAACAUCAGCAACAUCAACAGCAACACCAUCAACAGCAGCAGCAGCACCAGCAGCAAAACCUGGGUCAGCAGAGCCUUGGCCAGCAGAGCUUGAGCCAGCAAGGGUUGAGCCAACAGAGUCUCGCCCAGCAAAGCCUCGGCCAACAGAGCCUCAACCAGCAACAGACGUUGAGCCAACAACAACAGCAGAGCAUUGCCCAGCAGCAGCAGCAACAUCAACAACAGCAGCAGAGUCUGAGCCAGCAGCAAAAGUUGAGCCAACAACACAGCCUCAACCAGCAGCAGCAAAACCUGAACCAGCAGCAAAUUAAGAGCGAGCCGAUUAUACCUCAACAGCAACAACAGCCUCAGCAGCCGACGCCAAAGCCUGCCGUGCAGCAAGUCCCGCAGGCUCAGCAGAUACAGCAACAGGUUCCGCAGCAGGUCCAGCAGCAGGCUCAGCAAGUGCCGCAAGUUCCUCAGGUCCAACAGGUGCAGCAGGUGCAACAGCCUGCCCAACCCCGGCCUGAGACCCCGGCUCAGGCCAGCGAACACCAUGGAGACAGCAUGGAGGUGGAAACCCUCGCUGAAGAUGGUGACUCGCUUGAGCCUAAGAUGAUUGAUGGCGCCCCGUUCGUGCCUAGACAGCCAAUGGGCGAGAUGAUGUCUGCUCCCCCAGAGGGAGGUAGCUACCCGACGUUGGAGGCGGUCCACAAGAGUGUGCUUGCGUACUGCACCUCUGUUGGGUACGCGAUUGUUAUUGGUCGUUCAAAGAAGACGGUUCCCGGUCUAAAGAAGGUGUUGUUUGUAUGCGACAGGGCGGGCAAGCCCCCCAGUCGCGUCAGCCCCGAGUUCCGCAAGCGCAAGACGUCUUCCCGAAAAUGCGAUUGCCAAUUUGGCUUCUUUGCCAUUGAGCAGCGAACUCAGUGGACAAUCCGAUACCGUCCAGAUCCUCAGCAUCUGCAGCACAACCAUGGUCCGAGCGAAAGCCCCCUCCUCCACCCGGCCGCUCGCAAGCUGGACAGCAAGAUGGUUGCCGCCGUCAAAGCGCUCAAGGAAAAUGGGGUUAGUGUUAACGAGACACUGGAAAUAUUGCAAAACGAAAACCCACACGUUCCUCUACUUCCUCGCGAUAUCUACAACGCACGAGCGGCGAUCAAUAGGAAUCCUCAAAAGGUGGCGACGGGGCUAGCUGAGAACCGACCAGCCAUCUACAGCAAGCCUCACCCAACGGCGGAGGAGCGCAUCCGGGCAGACCUACGAAAGGAGCUCGCCAAGACGAAGGAAGACUUCGACAAGUACAAGGAGGACAAACAAAAGGAGAUUGAUGAGCUGAAGAAGACGCUGGAGGAGAAGGAGCAGAUAAUUGGGCGAUUCGAGAUGUUUAUCGACAUUUGCAAUCAGCGGGUCAUGGUUCAACGGGAGAGGCUCGGGGAUGCGUCCGGGGCGGCCAACGGUGGCAACUAG